AUGUCUGACAUUACAUCACUGUCUUCUCUGUCUUCUGAAGAGGAUGAUGAGCAACCAAGAAGAAAUAAUAGGCGGAUCAGGCACAUUCGCAAUAGGUCAGAUCCAUUCAUAGAGUUUGACGCAACAGAUUUCCGUAUGAGAUUUAAAUUUAGAAAAGAAACAGUUCUUGAGAUAUUACACAGAUUUGAACAUCUAACUGCACCAGCUUCAAAGCGAAACAAAGCCAUAAGUCCCUUGAAUCAAUUAUUGAUCACACUUAGGUUUUAUCCAACUGGAGCAUUUCAAAACUGCUUAGGAGAUCAUAUACACAUCUCACAACCUUCAGUCUCUAGAAUAAUUGCCAGAAUUACGCGCUGCAUUGCUCGUAGAAGCAACACUGAAAUUAGAAUGCCAGAUCCUAACGAGUCAGUACAAGUUUGCUCUGAUUUUUAUGGCAUUGCAAACUUUCCCAGAGUUGUUGGUGCUAUAGAUUGCACCCACAUAAAAAUCACUUCUCCAGGAGGCGAAAACGCCGAAUUGUAUAAGAACAGAAAAGGCUACUUUUCGAUAAAUGUUGAAGUUGUCUGCGAUGACCACUUAAUAAUUAGGCACAUUGUUGCACGCUGGCCUGGGUCAGUUCAUGAUGCCACUAUUUUUAAUGAUGGUCCUUUGCCCGUGAGUUUUCAAGGUGGAAGGCACGGAGCUAACAAUUUUCUGUUGGGGGACAGCGAUUACCCGUGCAAAUUAUUUUUGUUGACACCACUUUUGCAUCCUAGGACUCCAGCAGAAGUAGCUUACAACACGACCCAUAAAAAAAACUCGAAACACAGUUGA